AUGCUCGAAACCAAACCCGUCUUCGACAAUGAGCGACGCGAGGACUUCUCGGAGGAACGGCGCGAACAAGUGGGCGCCGCCGCAGCGUCGUCGUCCACUCCCAUUGAAUACCACGGCGGUCCCGUGAUGAGCGGCGAAACACUGAAUGUGUACUUAAUCUACUAUGGCUUCUGGCCUGCGGGAAUCGGGCAGGAUGUGAUUGAGAACUUCAUACGGUCGGUGAGCCUAGGAAUCUCCGAAGCGCAGGGGGGAGCCGGGGAUCCGAAAGUGAGCAACUGGUGGGCGACGACUUCGAAAUACUACUCGCAGGCGUCCGACGGGUCUAAGAUCACCGUCAGCACGGAGCUAACUCUUCCCCUGCUACCCACCAAGGACCUGCCGGCAAACUUUCCUUGCCGCUCAGCCCGAGCUGUCCCGCCAGGCACUCCUACACACCGCACUCACCUUCUCUGCACUCACCCUCCCAUCACCGCACUCACCAUCUCAGCACUCACCCUCCCAUCACCGCACUCACCAUCUCAGCACUCACCCUCCCAUCACCGCACUCACCAUCUCAGCACUCACCCUCCCAUCAUCGCACUCACCAUCUCAGCACUCACCCUCCCAUCACCGCACUCACCAUCUCAGCACUCACCCUCCCAUCACCGCACUCACCAUCUCAGCACUCACCCUCCCAUCACCGCACUCACCAUCUCAGCACUCACCCUCCCAUCACCGCACUCACCUUCUCUGCACUCACCCUCCCAUCACCGCACUCACCAUCUCAGCACUCACCCUCCCAUCACCGCACUCACCAUCUCAGCACUCACCCUCCCAUCACUGCACUCACCAUCUCAGUACUCACCCUCCCAUCACCGCACUCACCAUCUCAGCACUCACCCUCCCAUCACCGCACUCACCAUCUCAGCACUCACCCUCCCAUCACCGCACUCACCAUCUCAGCACUCACCCUCCCAUCACCGCACUCACCAUCUCAGCACUCACCCUCCCAUCACCUCACUCACCAUCUCAGCACUCACCCUCCCAUCACUGCACUCACCAUCUCAGCACUCACCCUCCCAUCACCGCACUCACCAUCUCAGCACUCACCCUCCCAUCACGGCACUCACCAUCUCAGCACCUCCUCUCACAGAACCUACCUUUUGCAUAGCCGUUUGUACGCCUUGGUCGGUGGCCACGUUGCUGAUGGAGUCAAGCUUCCUCGCCCCACUCUUCCCACCCUCCCCCUUCCACCACUCCAUGGUUUAG